AUGUCUUUGAAAUACGGCCUGAAUUUGAAGAAAAAGGCAGCGCCACCAACUCGACGAGCGAUAUUCGAUGAAGAUGGCGACGAAGACGACGAACCCGAGCAACAGUCAGGCCCUGUGGAAGAGGCGGUAGAAGAAAUCAGCACAUUCAGCAGAAAUGCCCAAAACUCCAAACCCAAACCACGAGCAGCAGCAGCAGCACCACCAGCCUCCGGCCCGCCUAAACCCUCACUGAAAUCUCUACAAAAUAAGUUGAAAGAAGACUCGCGACAAGACCUCUCGGCUCUGCAAUCCGCCCAGCAAAAAGUGUCGGCUGCGCAAGAAGUCGACGCCUCAAUCUUCGACUACGAUUCCUUCCACGAUGCCAAAACGUCGGUUGUGGAAGCCAAGAAGGAAGCGGCAAAACAAGAUGCCAUUGAACGGAAGCCAAAGUAUAUCAACAAUCUCCUCGAUGCUGCUGCGAGGAGGAAACAAGAUCAACUAGUCGCGCGCGAGAAAUUCUUGCAAAAGGAACGGGAGAACGAGGGAGAGGAAUUCGCGGAUAAGGAAAAGUUUGUGACGGGAGCGUAUAAACUACAACAAGAAGAGACGAGGAAGUUGGAGGAAGAGGAGAAGCGAAAGGCGGAGGAGGAGGAGAAGAGAAAACGAGCGAUUGGAGGUGGCAUGCAGAAUUUCUACCGCACGAUGAUGGAGCAGUCGGAGAAACAGCAUCAGGAGACGGUAGAAGCUGCGGCGAAGAUCGAGAAGGAAGGCCUGAAGAUCAACGAGGGAGAAAAGAAGCAGUCCGACGCGGAACUGGCCGAGGAGCUGAGGAAGAAGGGUGUGAAUGUGCAUGUCAAUGAGGAAGGACAAAUCACCGACAAGAGAGAACUUCUGACCGCUGGGUUGAAUGUCGCUCCUUCGGGCAAGGCAGGAGAUAAGCAUGGUGCGGACCACCUCAAGACUUCGAAUCGUCCCACUCAGAAUGCUUUUGCCGCGAGGAAUGUGGGCAAUAAGCAGGAGACUCGGGAGAGGCAGACGAAAAUGAUGGAGGGGCAGUUGGCGGCGCAGAAUAAACGUGCCAGGGAGGAGGAAGAAGAGGAGAAGGCUAGGCUGGAGAGAGCGGCCAAGACGACCAAGACGAGUGAGGAUAUUAGUGAUGCGAAGGCGAGGUAUCUGGCAAGAAAGGCAGCCAAGGAGAGAGGGGAGGGUUGA